CCCGCCCGAGCCCCGAAUUGCAGUGGCCGAGCGGCGGGGACGCUGCGGCGGUGGCGACAUGUCCAUUGUCUCGGAGGAUGACACAUGUGGCAGUUCGAACUCCACCUACCAGGCCUUGGGCAGCCCGCAGCCUACUGACCAGGAGGCCCUGCUGGGGAAGCUGCUGGACCGCCCGGCCCCUGGCCUGCACCGACCCGAGGACCGCUUCAAUGGCACGUACAUCAUCUUCUUCAGCCUGGGCAUCGGGAGCCUCCUGCCGUGGAAUUUCUUUGUCACUGCCAAGGAGUACUGGAGCUUCAAACUCCGCAAUUGCUCCGGCACGGCCCUGGGGAAGGACUCUGAGGAUGCAGACAUCCUGAACUACUUUGAGAGCUACCUGGCUGUGGCCUCCACCGUUCCGUCGUUGCUGUGUCUUGUGGCCAACUUCCUGCUUGUCAACAGGGUCAGGGUCCAUGUCCGCGUCCUGUCCUCGCUGACCGUCACACUGGCCAUCUUCGUGGUGAUGAUCGCUCUGGUGAAGGUGGACACUUCCUCCUGGACCCGAGGUUUCUUUACCGUCACCGUCAUCUGCAUGGCGCUCGUCAGCGGCUCGUCCACCAUCUUCAACAGCAGUGUCUAUGGCCUGACAGGUUCCUUCCCCAUCCGGAACGCGCAGGCCCUGAUAUCAGGAGGAGCCAUGGGUGGGACAGUAAGUGCGGUGGCUUCCCUGGUGGACCUGGCAGCGUCCAGUGACGUGCGGGACAGUGCCCUGGCUUUCUUCCUCACAGCAGCUGUCUUCCUUGGGCUGUGUGGGGUGCUCUACCUGCUGCUGCCCCGGCUGGAGUAUGCCAGGUGCUACAUGAGGCCGGUUGGCCCAGCCCGCGCGUUCUCUGCUGAAGAUCACCCACCCCAACACGCCCCCGCCGUGCCCUGGGGAGCCUCUGGAUCCAGGACUCCGCCCCUCAGGCCCAUCCUGAGGAAGACCACCAACCUGGGCUUCUGCAUCCUCUUCCUCUUCCUCAUCACUGCCCUCAUUUUCCCCGCCAUCUCCACCAACAUUGAGUCCUUGCACAAGGGCUCCGGCUCCCCGUGGACCACCAAGCUCUUCGUGCCCCUCACCGUCUUCCUCCUGUUCAACUUUGCAGACCUCUGCGGCCGGCAGGUCACGGCCUGGGUUCAGGUGCCGGGCCCCAACAGCAGGGCGCUCCCCGGGCUGGUGCUGCUGCGCGCCGGCCUCGUGCCCCUCUUCCUGCUCUGUAACUACCAGCCCCGCUCUCGCCUCUCCACGGUGCUCUUCCAGUCCGACGUCUACCCCGUACUCUUCACCUGCCUGCUGGGCUUCAGCAGCGGGUACCUCGGCACGCUGGCACUCAUCUAUGGGCCCAAGAUUGUGCCCCGGGAGCUGGCCGAGGCCACCGGCAUGGUGAUGUCCUUCUACAUGUACACGGGCUUGAUGCUGGGCUCGGCCGGCGCGGCCCUCCUGGAGCACCUCAUCUAGAAGAGGCAGCAAAGGGGGCGAGUGGGGGGUGCGCGGGGUAGGCCGGGGGCCCCAGGGGCUCGCAUUGGACUUGUCCCAGACAGCAAAGCCCACCUGGGCCUCCUCUGUCCCAGAGCUCUGCGGACCCCUGCACAAGGGGACACGGGCCAGACACAGCUGGGUGUGGCGGCUCACACCCGUGAUCCCAGAACUUGAAGGGCUAAGGCAAUAUAACUGCUGUGAGUUUGGGGCCAGUCUGAGCUACAGAGUGAGUUCUGUCUCAAAACAAAAUAACACACACACACACACACACGCACAUUCAUACACACAUGCCACACACACACACUUGCAGAAGAAAAAAAAAAGUCAUCAUUGGCUACAUCAGGGCCAGCAUGGACACACAAGAGCCUGUUACGUAAAGCAAUCAAACAAAGCCGCGGUUACAACGAAGGGGUGUUGCUCGUGUCUACUCUGGUUGAGGCGGGGCCAGGACCAGCCCCACUCCUUCUAGCUACAGCAAGAGGGGAGCGAAUUCUCAGCCCUCCCACCUUUGAAAGGGAUGCCUGGAUUUUUGGUGCCCACUGCAAUGGUCAGUUCUCAAGCCCAGGACCUCUGGGGUCAGGAUACCCAUCAACCAGACUGGGAAGGCCAGUAAGUCAGGUUUCCUGACUCUUCCUGCUGGAGGCCUGGGCAGCCAAGGCCUCGCUGGACCAAAGACCAAGCAUCACAGGUGUCCAGACAGAGAUCAUGUGGCCUGGGGGCCCACAUCUGAUCAGGGUGGGGCGGCCUUUCAACAUUCAUGUUUACAACCCGUUGGUGCCCUUAGGUUUGAGGGCACAAUAAAUACUUCGGUUCUCAA